UGUACAAACCUAGUGAUGAAGGAAGAACAGAAUAGGAAGAAAAAAACUCUCUCCGUGGGAAGUCCGUUGCUUUACGUAAUUGGCAGCUCUGGGAGUUCCCGGCAGUGUGGUGCCCUACAAUGGUUGGAGGCACCUGACACUCCGUCCCGCGGGGUAUAUGAGGAGUCACACCCCAUAGGAGAGCCACACUUCACCCACUCUCAACAUGGAGCGACACACCCUGCUGGUUGUUCUGCUGGUCUGCAUCUGCGUGCUGGCCGCCGUGGCAGAGGCCUUGCCCUACCGCCCCUGGCCAAACCCAUGGUCCCGCCCAUGGCCGAGACCCACACAUGGUCCGAGGAUCCCCAUACCAGGCUGUAUCUGCGUCAGACAACCCUGCCCGUGCGACACCUUCAACUUCUAACAUCUCUGGUGCCGUUCCCCUCUCCCCGUCAGAAGGGGCGCCCACACCCCAUCUACCUCAUGGCUUUCUGAAGAAUGGAGUCACGCCACCAACAGCCUUCUGCUGCCUUGCGACUCUCAGGGUUAUGAUUUAUGACAGAGAUUAUUGAUGCAAUAAAACCUUUACAGUUUA